AUGGUGAGUACACCAUCUCCAUCCACAUCUUUUCAACAGGAAGAGGGUAUAAGUGGUAAGGAGCUCGAACAAUUGUUGAGCAAGGAACCGCUUUCCACGUGCAUACUGGAUUGUCGUGAAGGAGGGUCUGCCAUUCGGAACGCAAACAGAGUUCGGCUUCCAAAAGUUUUAUUCCGGCGGUUGGUUAACUGCUCGUUAUCGCUCUCCACUUUAUCACCACGGCUGAACAAUGCUGAUGUGAAAGUGGUGAUAGUGCCAGAACAUGGACCUGACGCUGAUACCUCUAACGCGCUUUCGAAUGCUCUUCGAAAGGCAAACAUAAGCUACCGAGUUUUAGGCGAUCCCGUUGAAUCAGUUCUUUCAUCAUUUCCUUUGCUGAGGGUGGAUGAAGAUCGACCAAACUCUCGGUCAGCUGGAGACGUAGGAUGUCUGAAUUUGAACGCCCUACGAAUUGAACCUGCUGGCACUACUCCUUCUACCGAUAAGCGCCAAAACUUUCCUGUGAAGAUACUUCCUCAUCUGUUACUUGGAAACUAUGAAACAGCCAGCGAUGCCAAAGUCUUGGAACGGUACGUAGGCAUUUGUUUUUACAGUUUAAUAAAAACUAUUCUUGGAUGUAUGUCGUGGUUUUGUUAA